AUGGGUAACGCAGAUUACGAAUGCCCACACCGCGUUGAAAUUCCUCCGGCCAAACCAUUUUUGAAGGCCCUGAAAUCAUCUCUAAAAGAGACUUUCUUUCCUGAUGACCCUUUCAGGCAAUUUAAGAACCAGCCCACGUCUAGAAAACUUGUGCUGGGUUUGCAGCACUUUGUGCCCAUCCUCGAAUGGGCUCCUCGCUACACCUUUGACUUCUUCAAAUCUGAUCUCAUUGCCGGAAUCACCAUUGCCAGUCUUGCAGUUCCUCAAGGGAUAAGCUAUGCAAACUUGGCCAACCUGCCCGCAAUUAUUGGCCUAUAUUCGAGUUUUGUGCCUCCAUUGGUGUAUGCCAUGCUGGGAAGCUCAAAGGAUUUGGCAGUUGGUACCGUGGCGGUUGCAUCGCUUCUCAUAUCUUCUAUGUUGGGGAAGGUGGUUAGCCCUACUGAGAACCCUAAGCUCUAUGUUCAGCUGGCUCUCACAUCAACCUUCUUUGCUGGAGCUUUUCAGGCUUCUCUUGGCCUCUUAAGACUUGGGUUUGUCGUGGACUUUCUGUCUCAUGCAACAAUAGUGGGUUUCAUGGGUGGAGCAGCCACUGUUGUCUGUCUUCAGCAGCUUAAAGGGGUACUUGGGUUGGUUCACUUCACUCAUGAGACUGAUAUUGUAUCUGUCAUGAAAUCUAUCUUUUCCCAAGAGCACCAGUGGAGGUGGGAAAGUGCUGUGCUGGGAUGCUGUUUCCUCUUCUUUCUCCUGCUCACAAGAUACUUUGUAAGUAGAUGGCACUCCAUGGUGUUUGCUUAA